AUGGCCGACUCUGACGUUAGUAAGCUAGAGGCUAAUCAGCCUGAGAUUGUUCGUCCAAUGGGAAACUUCCUCCCAUGCAUGUGGAGUGAUCAGUUCUGUUCAUUUUCUUUGGAUAAGCAGUAUGCUAACGAAAUUGAAGUGCUGAAAGAAAAGGUGAGGAGCAUGCUAGUAGCUGCUGGAGGCAAAUCAGCGGAGAGAAGGCAUUUGAUUAACACACUCGAACGCCUUGGUGUUUCCUAUCACUUUGAGAAAGAGAUUGAAGACCAAUUGGAGAACAUGUUUUCUGCCUAUGACCAUGAAAAUAAUGAAGGCUAUGAUUUGUGA